AUGGAUACAGGAAACACACAAGGAACGCCAAAAAUGAAUUGGGAUGCGCCCGACCUCGUGGUGGCAUGGGAAACAUUUAAAAACCACGUUGACUUUUGGUUUAAAGGACCACUUUCAAAGAAAAACGUGGAAGAAAGAUGCAACUACCUCAUGAUUUGGGUAGGAGACAAAGGUAGGGACAUAUAUACCACAUGGACACUGACAAAUGAUGAAAAAAAAUCACUCACGGCAUUAACUGAAAAGUUUGAAGCACAUGUUCGUCCAAAAACAAACAAGAUAUUCUCUAGAUACAAGUUCCAGUGUAGAACACAACGAGAAGGGGAAACAUUUGAACAGUUUCUUACAGAUUUACAUUUGUUGGCCAGAGACUGUGCGUAUCAGGAGAAAGAUAAUAUGAUUCGUGAUGCAAUUGUAUUUGGUAUGCUGGAUCACAAAGUCCGAGAGAAAUAUAUCAACGAGGGUUCAGAUUUAACCUUAGAUACUGCAGUAAAUUUUGCAAGAACUUGUGAGUUGUCAAAAGCUCAGUUACAGAAAAUGGAAAAAUCGGUAAACGCGAUCAAGAAAGACCAGAGUCAAAAGUGUAAACCGAAUGCGCCGUCAGCUAAGUACUCGAACGCGCCGCCCAGAUACAAGGGAGAUCACUCUAACCGCAAUGGUGACAAAACGUGCAGAAAGUGUGCGAGACAACAUCCACCAAGGAAUUGCCCUGCAUUCGGAAAAAAAUGCAUGAAAUGUGGCAAAAUGAACCACUUCGCUACUGCAUGUUUAGCAAAAGGUAAGAACAAUCCUCAGAAAAACUGUAAUGUGGUUGAAAUUGAUACAGAAGAUGAACUUUUCGUCGGAAUGAUAAGUGAAAGUCUGGAUGUAAACAAUGUCGAGAAUUCAGAGUGGGUAGAAACUGUAGUUGUCAACGAACACCCAGUAACAUUUCAGUUAGAUACAGGGGCCAAAUGUAAUGUGUUGUCGAGGAGACUGUAUGAAAAGUUGAGCAACAAGCAACUACAGCCAUGUAAAACACUGCUACGUUCAUAUUCAGGGCAUCAGAUAAAGUGUAUCGGAACAACACAUAUGUGUUCCUAUAAAAACAAGCCUGAACAGAAAGUACAGUUCUAUGUUGUUGACAUGAACGCUCAAGCAGUAUUAGGAGCUUCUACUUGCCAGGAACUAGGUCUCAUUAAACGGAUACACUCAAUACAAACUUCAGCAGGAAAAGUACCCGCAGGGAUUGAUGAAGGAUUCGAGGACCUAUUCUCAGGACUAGGAUGCUUGCCAGGAGAGCACUCCAUUAAGCUUGAUAAAUCUGUUACGCCAGUAGUACACCCCCCAAGGAGAGUACCUAUAUCGCUAAGAGAUAAAGUCAAAGAUGAACUGGACCGCAUGGAGAACCUGGGAGUUAUAUUAAAACAGGAAGAACCCACUGAAUGGGUUAACUCCCUUGUGACAGUCCUGAAACCUAAUGGGAAACUGAGGUUAUGUAUUGACCCGUGUGAUCUGAAUAGAGCUAUACAACGAGAACAUUUUCCACUCAAAACUAUUGAGGAGGUGGUUUCAAGGAUGCCCGGAGCUAAGAUUUUCAGUAAAUUAGAUCUUACUUCAGGAUUUUGGCAGUUAAAAUUGGACGAGUACAGCUCAAAGUUGUGUACCUUUAACUCUCCAUUUGGAAGGUACCGGUUCACCCGGCUGCCCUUUGGAGUCAAGUCAGCCCCCGAAGUAUUUCAACGGGUAAUAACAGAAAUGGUAUCAGACCUUGAAGGGACAGAAGCCAUAGUUGAUGAUAUAUUGACGGAACAAUGGGGAACCACCAAAGAGGAACAUGAUCACAGGCUACAGAGAGUGCUGGAACGGGCACAUGAGUACAAUGUAAAACUUGGCCAAGACAAGUGUGUAAUAGGUCAGACAGAGGUCACCUAUGUGGGACAUUUAUUGACUAAGAAUGGGGUGAAACCUGACCCCGAGAAGGUGAGAGCAGUACAAAAUAUGGAGAAACCAAUCAAUGUAAAAGAGCUCCAAACCCUAAUGGGUUUCGUGCAGUACCUACAUAAGUUUUUACCAAGACUAGCAGAGGUCAGUGCACCACUACGAAGUCUUCUUGAGAAAAAGACUGAAUGGCAUUGGGAGAAACAACAGGAAGAAGCGUUUCAAACUCUAAUACAGAUUGUUUCAGCUGCACCUGUACUACAGUUCUAUGAUAGCAGUAAACCACUUACCCUCUCAGUGGAUGCCAGUAGCAAAGGGCUAGGUGCUGUUCUGGUACAAGAGGAAAAACCGGUCGCAUAUGCCUCGAGGGCACUCACCACUACACAGCAAAAAUACUCACAAAUAGAAAAAGAAACGUUGGCAAUUCUGUUUGGUUGCGAGAAAUUUCAUGAAUACGUGUAUGGGCGACAAGUUACCGUGGAGUCAGACCACAGACCCCUACAGGCAAUAUUCAAAAAACCAAUUCUACAAACACCUCCGAGGUUACAGAGAUUGUUAUUAGCUAUGCAACGUUAUGAUGUGGAAGUCGUUUACAAGCCAGGAAAGCUCAUGUUUUUAGCAGACCAUCUGAGUCGUGCAUACUUGAAAGAAACAAAAGAAGUUUUGGUUCCAGACUUACAGGUUAAUGAAAUUCAUCUGACUGCAUAUUUACCUGUUUCACCAGAGAAAUACAAACAACUCAAAGAGGCUACAGCUACAGAUGAUGAGUUACAGAAGUUACAGGAUAUUGUUCUGUACGGAUGGCCAGACAACAAGGUGGACGUACCAGCUGAGCUACGUUCAUAUUGGACCUUUUGCGAUGAAAUAUCGUGCAUUGAUGGGCUCAUGUACAAAUCUCAUAAACUCGUAGUGCCCAGGUCUAUGAAAAAAGAAAUGUUGGACCUUAUUCACUCUUCUCAUCUUGGUGUAGUGAAAUGUAAGAACAGAGCAAGGGACAUACUCUUCUGGCUAGGCAUGUCACGAGACAUUGAGGACCGAGUCAACUCAUGUGAGAUAUGUGCCAAGCAUAAUAACGCAAACCAUAAGGAGCCAAUGAUCGCGACAGAGUUGCCCAUUAGGCCAUGGUCUAAAAUAGGUGUGGACCUGUUUGACUACAAUAAUGAAUCGUACCUAAUGACCGUGGAUUAUUUUUCAAAAUGGCCAGAAAUUGUGAGACUUGAAUCUACUACCGCAAAGUGUGUCAUCAGUCACAUGAAAAGUCAAAUAGCAAAGUAUGGUAUACCUGAUUUAGUAAUCAGUGACAAUGGACCCCAAUUUGCUAGCUUUGAAUUUAAACAGUUCUCACAGCAGUACCAGUUUGAACAUACUACUUCAAGUCCACAUUAUCCACAGUCAAAUGGGCAAGCUGAGAGAACGGUUCAAACCGUCAAACGCUUACUGAAGAAAUCAAAUGACCCAUAUCUGGCCUUAUUAGAAUAUCGGAACUCUAAUAUUGAUGAAGUUGGACUUUCACCAGCUCAAAUGUUCCUUGGAAGAAGAUUGAAAACUACAAUACCGACGUCAUUACCAUUACUCAAGGCUGAAGCAUUUGAUAAGGUGCGGGAACAACUGGUAAAACGCCAGAAAAAACAACAACAAAGUUAUGAUCGACAUGCCAGUGGAG